AUGGAUGACGGUUUCCGACAGCCUGCCAAACUUCAAAAGCGAAAGAGUCGCGAACGACAAGAGCUUGAGCAGAUGACAGGAGGCCUGAGUGGUCAACCAGCAGCUAACUCCUCGCAACCUAUGUCUGGCUCCGAGAACAUGACGUCCGCCGAGAAGGAAAAGCGAUCAAAAUGGCGCAUGUCCAAUCCGUUCUCUUCCAAAGAGAAGGCAUCGAAGGAUAGUCUGAACCACACUCACAAGGAAGAAGAAAAGGAAAAGGCCCGUAGGGAUGCCGACUCGGCAUAUUUCAGUAGCGAGCGCAGCAGCGCAGAUCCAAGCUUCGCGAACCAAGCUCGUCCCGUCUCCGGUGAACAGUACCACCACCCACCUGCCACGAACAAUCAAGCACCUCCUGCUCAAAUUACACCACAAAACGCACAGAACCAUAAUACCCUUGCGCCUCCACAACAGACUCAACAAACACUCCAAAGUCGUUCAAGCCAUGAGGAUGUGGGCAGGGAGACGUACCGCGAUGCCGGCACUGGGAACAUCGUCACAGUCACAACGACCACGACAACGACAACAACCACUACGACAGGCCCAGGCGGCUCCACCACCGUAGAGCAGCCCCGCGACAGUGUUACUGGCUCUGCACAAAGCGUGCACACUUCUGGUCCCAGCCCACCACAGCCGGCACCUCCUCAGCCCGACAACCACUACCAUCAAGGGCCAGGCCUAUCAGCACAAUCUGCCAUACCUCAGAACAUAACCCCGCCAGUACCUAUGCACAAUAACCAGCAAGGCAACAGACUGUCUCCACAAGUCUCCAACAUCGAGGGUUCUUCGUCUCCGCCCAUUCCCGCGAAGAACAAUAUUCGGCAUAGAGUAGAGCUGGACUCGGUAUCGCCUGGUGUUCAGCGGCCAAACCCGAUGGAGGAAGUUGUCAGCCCAGUUGCUCCUAGCAGUCCGAAUCGAGCGAACUUCUCAUAUCCCGCGAGAGCACCGCCUCAAGGAGUUCCACGGCAAGUGCCUGUUGACGGUAUGCCACCACAGCAACAGCAGGCAGGCGUACCGCCUGUACCUCCAGUACCGGGACAACAGCAACAACGGCGAUCAAGUAUCCCUCAGCUACCCGCGCACCAGCAACAGCAAUCUGGUAUGCCGCCGCCCAUGCCUAGCCAGCAGCCGUCGAGUAUACCCCCUAGCCUACAGUCUGGCAUCAAUUCCAACCCAAACAACGACCCAAACCGUCCGGUCCCAUACCGAGCCGGUCAUGAUUUGAACAAGCAGAGCACAAUGGCAAACCUCAAAGCGGCGGCAGCAGGUAUCCAUGGCGCGGGAGAAACCCUCCGCGGAACAUUCAACGACACAUUCGACCGUCGCAACCCCGCCGCCCACGCAAAAAACCAAGCCGUAAUCGACAAAGGCCGAUCGGAAAUCGAAACCGCACGCGCCCGCCAAUACGCAAACCAACAACAGCAGCCACAUAUGGCGGACCAAACACCAGUGCAGCACCAGCAACAACAAGCACCUAUAAUCGGAGCUGCACCGCCACCUCCUUCCCAGCCAAGUAUAGGACCAUCUGCGGUGCCAGGAAAGACGGCGUACCAGGGGCCACCAGUCUCUGGAUCACAAAUUGAAGGAGGAGGAAGAAGUGGUGGAGGCUCGAAAUUGAGCAAUAUUAUGAAGAAGAUGAAGGAGGGCCCAACUCCGCGUCAGGAUGGGACUGCGCACCACUAA